CUUAGAUCAUUGCAUCUACGUAAAAAUAACAUUUCAGGAGAAAUUCCUAUGACCAUAAGGAAUUGUACAGCUUUGCGGACCCUUGAUUUUGGUGAAAAUGAAUUGGUUGGGAACAUCCCAUCAUGGAUGCGUCAUAAUCUUCCAUACUUGAAAUUAUUGAGCCUUCGUUCAAACAAGCUUUUAGGACAUAUCCCUGAAGAGUUGUGUGCACUCAGUUUUCUCCAAGUCUUGGAUGUUGCUCAUAAUAAGCUUUUAGGAAGCUUACCAAGUUGCAUUGGUAACUUCAGUGCCAUGGUUUAUUAUGUAAAUGGCUCAUUUGGGAACUACAUUGCGCUAGAUGGCUUAUCUUUUAUUGAGAAUUUAUUGCUUGUGAUAAAAGGCCAGUCUUAUGAAUAUGGCAGGACUCUUAAUUUGGUAAGAGUCCUUGAUUUGUCAGAUAAUAGUUUAUCUGAAGAUAUUCCUUGGGAAAUAACUAAGCUUCAGGGGUUGCAAUCACUAAAUUUGUCACACAACCUUCUCACUAAAAGGAUCCCUCCAAAUAUUGGUGACAUGAGUUCACUAGAAUCUCUUGAUCUUUCUGUAAACAAAUUGCUUGGGUCAAUCCCUGAAAGCAUGUCUAGAUUGUCAUUUCUAAGCUACUUGAACCUUUCUAGCAACCAAUUGACUGGAAAAAUUCCUUCAAGUACUCAGUUACAGAGCUUCGAUGCAUCUUGUUACACUGGAAAUGAACUUUGUGGCCUUCCACUAAUGAAGAAGUGCAAUGAAGUUAAUCAAAGAGUACCCGGCACUGGAAAUAAUGGGGCCAAAGAUAUGAAUGGAGUUAGAGUGAAUUGGUUUUUUGUUAGCAUGACACUUGGGUUUAUUUUGGGAUUUUGGUGUGUAUUGAGUCCUCUUGUGAUUAGUCGGCAAUGGAGGUAUGCAUACUAUCAAUAUUUGGAUGAGAUGUGGUGGAAAAUGCAGUCAUUAUGGGUGUAGAUUUUUCUAAAAUCUCAUGUAGUUUUGUUUACAAGUGUAUUUCUCUUCAUGGUUCAAUCCCUUAUGGUCUUCGAAAUUUGACUUUGUUGAAGCACCUUGAUUUGUCAUACAAUUAUUUCAAUUCUUCAAUACCUAAUUGGUUGUACACUUUUGCUCCUCUUGAGUCUCUAAAUCUUCAGUCUAAUGAUUUGAAAGGUCAAAUUUCAAGUGAGAUAGACAAAAUGAACUUUAUUGUUGAUCUUGAUUUAUCCUAUAAUAGUUUUGAAGGUCGAAUCCCAAUUAGAUCAAUAGGAAAUCUUUGCAACUUGAGGUCACUCUCUUUCUCUAGUGUUAAUUUGAGUCUAGACAUAUCAAAUGUCUUAGAAGUAUUUUCUGUAUGUGUUUCUAAUAAAUUAGAGUCAUUGUU